CUAGCGCAAGUCGGUCACACUGCCCCGCCACAUGUGAGAAAUCGCUCAAUUAAGCAACAGUUGUUUUCCGACUCUUCGCCUAAUAACGAACAUGGCUAGCAACUACGAGGGCUACAAGUCGCCGCUGAGCACCCGGUACGCCAGCAAAGAGAUGCAGUUCCUCUUUAGUGACCAGAACAAGUUCUCCACCUGGCGCCGGUUGUGGGUGUGGCUGGCGAAGGCGGAGAGCAGGCUGGGACUGGAGAUCAGCGAUGCCCAGAUUGCCGAGAUGGAGCUCCAGAUCAGCAACAUCGACUUUGAGGCAGCGGCCGCCGAGGAGCGACUUACGCGCCACGACGUUAUGGCCCACGUCCAUGUCUUUGCCAAACAGUGUCCCUCGGCAGCGCCGGUGAUCCAUUUGGGCGCCACCUCGUGCUAUGUGGGCGACAACACAGAUCUGAUUGUACUGAGGGACGCUCUUAAACUGCUCCUCCCACGUGUCGCCAGCGUGAUAGCUCGUCUCAGUCAGUUUGCCCAGAGCUACAAGGAUCAGCCCACGUUGGGAUUCACCCAUCUCCAGCCCGCCCAGUUGACCACGGUGGGAAAGCGGGCCUGCCUGUGGAUCCAGGAUCUGAUCAUGGACGAGCGAGCCCUGUCCCGCUGUUUGGAGGACUUGCGCUUCCGUGGAGUCAAGGGAACUACUGGUACCCAGGCCUCGUUCCUGCAACUCUUCAAUGGGGAUGGCGAGAAAGUGAAGCAGCUGGAUCUGUUGGUCACCGAACUGGCUGGCUUCCAGAAGGCCUAUGCGGUAACCGGACAAACAUACUCCCGGAAGGUGGAUGUGGAGAUCGUGGCCGCUCUUGCCAGCCUCGGCACCACCAUCCACAAGAUGUGCUCCGAUCUGCGCAUCCUCGCCUCUCGCAAAGAGCUGGAGGAGCCUUUUGAGAGCACCCAGAUUGGCUCCUCGGCCAUGCCGUACAAGAGGAACCCCAUGCGCUCGGAACGUUGUUGCGCUCUGGCCCGCCACCUCAUCACCUUGUUCAGCAGUGCUGCUAAUACACAUGCCACCCAGUGGCUGGAACGCACCCUGGAUGACUCUGCCAACAGGAGGUUGACCCUCUCCGAGGCCUUCUUGGCUGCGGAUGCCGCCCUGCUCACUCUGCUGAACAUCUCGCAGGGAUUGGUCGUCUACCCGAAGGUGAUUGAACGGCACAUUUCACAGGAGCUUCCCUUCAUGUCCACGGAGAACAUUAUCAUGGCCAUGGUGAAGGCGGGAGGAGAUCGCCAGGUGUGCCACGAGAAGAUUCGCGUGCUGUCUCAGGAAGCCGGGGCACAGGUAAAGCAGCAUGGCAAGGACAACGAUCUGGUGGAUCGAGUGCGCAAGGAUCCCUACUUCUCGCCCAUCCUGGAGCAACUGGACACCAUACUGGAUGCCAAAACAUUCACUGGACGAGCCAGCGAACAAGUGGGCGAGUUCGUCAAGGAGGAGGUGGAGCCCGUGCUGGCACGCUACUCGGAAGCCUUGAAGAACGUUCAAGACGUCAAGCUGAACAUCUAGACGCCCAUUAUGCUGCCCUGUAUUAAGCAUCCAAUUUGAUUUUGUAAAAUACACACCUACAUUCGCAUCCAAGCAACUGCGUCAGCCAGUGGAUGCAGUCAACGUUAUCACCUUUUAGACUCGAUGGCAGUCAGACCCCCGGCGUGAUUUGUCUUUCUGUUUUUGUUUUUGACUUUGGUUGCCAGCUUAUUUACAAUUAAAGGCUAAAAUCGAAAAACAAAA